AUGCCCGUCAAAAGUGAACCUUUGACUGUCGAAAAUGUCGAAUCUGCAAAGGAGACGACUGCCGAAGAGACUGUCGAGCACAACAAAACUCCAGCUGCAAAGAAGACCGUCGAACCCAAUGAGACCCCAGUCCUCGAGUGCAACGAUGGGAACCCAGACCGUGAUUGCUCUUCUCUGUCACGAUCUACCUUGCCAUAUCGUUCCCGUUCCCCACCGGCGCGACUAUCUUUGGAUGAGGUUUGCGCUCGACUGACCAAAACUGAGGAACUUGAAGCAGGUGAAUGA